UGUUUCAGCUCAUCAAACUAUCAUUUAGAUUUAUUGAAUACUAGACAGCAAUAACCCACAAAAUGCAGUUUUUAAUUAUGAUUGAUUGAAAACCUGUAUCAACCCUGUGAAAAAGUAAUUGCCCCCCUGAGCCUGAUAACUGGUUGGUCUCUUGGCACCAACAACUGCAGUUAAAUGUUUUUUUCCAGCUUGUGAUCAGUCUUUUCCACCAUGGAGGAAUUCUAGUCCACUCUUCUCUACAAAAUAAUUUUAAUUCGGUCACAUUAGAUGGUUUUCAGCACUUUUAACAUCUUGUGCAGCGUCUCAUUUGGUAAACCUUUAUACAAACUGCAAAAGAAUUUACACCUUUUCUCAAAAAUCUUUUGGAAUUUGGAAAACAAUGAGUCACCGAGUUAACUCCUGCCCAGAUCUGUUCUAAUAGGAAUGCUCUAUUUCGGGUGCUUUUCAUUCCUUCGCUGUGUCUGGCUUCCACUGUGGCUGAUUUCCCUGAUGACUGGAAACGCUCCACUAAAGAGUUUGAAGUGAGCGUGGACGGAGAGAGCUGUCGGCUUCUCCACGUGUUCACACCACAAUCUCUAACUCGGUCACAUGGACGAACAGAGGGACACACGCGCAGAAAAAAAACCCCUCUCCUCGUGAACUAAUGAGGAGGAAGUGAGCGACUGCACUCGCACAGACACACAUUGAUUUAUUUAUUUUUUUUCAUCGCCCCGCUGAGCUGAAGCCACUCUUUCAUUCAUGCUCUGACUUCUGCUCAGGAUGGAGGCUGUGGCUCUGUUCUCUUUCACAGCGUCCGAAGCAGAUGAGAUCAGCUUCCACAAAGGGGACAUUAUCAAGAAAUGGAGGAUGAUUCCUGCUGGGUCACAGCAGAGAUCCAGGGAAGGCGAGGCUACGUCCCUGAGAACUACAUUUCCCUCCUCCCUCAUCCGUGGUUUGCAGGUCCGGUGUCGAGACUCGAGGCCGAACAGAGACUGCGUUGGCAGGACACCGGGGUGUUUCUGGUGAGGGAGAGUGAAUCAGCUCCUGGAGAGUUUUCUGUCUCUGUUAGCUAUGGCGACAGGGUGGAGCACUUCCGAGUCCUGGAGGGCGGCGGUCAGUACUGCAUCUGGGACGAGUCGUUCUGUUCCCUCAACCGCCUGGUGGACUUCUACCGAACCCACAGCGUCGCCGUGGAGAAGGUGGUCUGCUUCAGAGACCCUCCCUCGUCUCCGCAGCUGCUGCCUCACCCGGCUCGUAACCCCUACCCCAACCCCUACAGAAGCAGCUCUCAGGAGUCCAUCCCCUCUGCCCGACUACACUCUCACCCCUCUCACCCGGAGAGAGAAAGCUCCCCCCGUCGACUGCAACCAGUUUUGGAGAAGCCUCGCCUGGCUCACGCCCUCUGCGACUACACCCCCCCUCAGAGCGCCCACCUCCACUUCCUGCGUGGCGACAUCAUCGACCUGCUAGACUGCUCAAGCUCGCUGAGCUGGAGGGGGCGCUGUCGAGGACGAGUCGGAGUGUUCCCACCAGAUUACGUCCAACCGCUGUACCACUGACGCCAUAUCAGACCCUCGGCAACGUGCUGCCGUAACGCCGACACUUAUCAAUCAAUUUAGUCAAUAAAUCAGUUAACUGAAAACUAAUAGAUAACAAUAAAUUUAAGGCCCCGUCCAAUCAGCUUCAUGCUAUGAGCUUUAUAUUAUGGGGUCCUGUGGUUGCAGUAUUUUCUGGCAAAACUGAUUAUUUCUCAUGAGAGAUUUUCUGUUUUUCUUAGUGACUGUGGGAAAACGGGUUUACAGAAACAAAAUCGAACCACACCCUGAUUAAUUUUUGGGUGUAAAACUCUGAAUGAUACCUAAAGAUGUUAGUCAGUUCUUGCUUUGUUAGUCCCAAAUACCUGCUGUGUCAUCGGACAGAAGUGAGUAUUCAGAGUAAAAAUGUAAUGAGUUAAGUCAGUUCCAGUAUUGAGCAAUGGCUGACUGAAUUCUGUCAUUAUUACAUGAACAGACAAUUAUGUAUCAUUUCCAACAGAUGAAGUCUUUAUUUAAAAAAAUCACCUUGCGAUGAGCACAGGCGUUGUGCAUGUAUACGUUAUGUACGGAUAACGAAUCGCGUGAUCUAAAUAUGAAGCGGGCGACAGGAAUCAAUGGGACUCAGGAAAACCCUCACAAUAUAAUCAACUGUUCCUUGUAUCAUUUCAGAUGGAUGAGGUCCGAUAAGUCUGCAGUGGUCGAUUUGUAGUAGGAUCACAAUCAUGUGAUCAUCAGCAGGCAGCUGAUGUAGGGUUCACUUGUUGUCAUGGUUACAGUGACACCAUGCUGCUAUCUUCAAUGAUACAGAAAUCUUUAACAAAUCCAUGGAUCCAGACUAUAAGCUGCAUCACUGCCCAAAUCUCAUCAGGUGGUCCUUGUGUCAUUUCUGACCUUCUCUGAAAAUUUCAUCCAAAUCCGUUAAUCUGUUUUUGGGAAAUGUUGUGAACAGACAGACAGAUGAACAAACGCCCGCUGAUCGUCACGUAACUGUUCCUUGGCAUAGUAAUAAUUGCUGCAGCCUCAGAGUGAACCAGCUUAUAGUGAAUAUAUGCAUUAAAAGCGGAAUUUAACUUUACGUUUUGCUGUCCAUUUUUCACCAUUUUCUGAGGUUUUACAAACAAACAGUAAUGAAUUGAUCCAGAAAAUAAUCAACAGACUAAUCGGCGAUGAAAAUAGUGACUAAAAUCAACGCCGUGAUGCAUUAUUAACAUUUUAGUCACAAUGUAGGUGCUACAGUCACUUUUUAACUCGUGGGAAAUGGCAUUAGAUGAGCUGAACUGGUCCUUUAAAGCUGUUUAAAAUACUGAAUCGAUUCAUAUAGGACACAGAGGAGGUAAAACAAGACAUAAGAGGACGUUAUAUUCAUGGAAAACUUUGGAUGUUAGGCUGCGGGGAAACUAACAAUUCAGACACCAACAGGGGUUGUUUGUGUUUCCUGUUUUUACUGACUAAUCAGUAAAUCAAAAUGACCUGAAGUAAAAACUGAAAAUACCUGCUGUAGCCUCAAAGUGAACCAGCUUGUAUUGAACAUAUGCAUUAAAUAUGAAAUUUUA